GCCAAUUUACUUAGUGCAAGGAUUUUAGCAAGUCCAUUUGUUAAAUAGACUCUCUUAACAUCCACAGGGCGCAGUUAAAGUAACCCAUCAUAUUUCACAUAUAAAAAACAUUACUAAAUCGUUGAUAGCAAACCUACACCGACGGCCGGACUGCCGAACGGUUAAAGUAUUAGUCUAUCGCUCCAGGGAUGCGGGAACGGAUUCUGACGGGUCAGCAUUCUUCAUCAGGAUGAUCCGUCUCGGAUAUAUUGUUCACCAUCCAUCCGCUUCAUUGUGGGCCUGGCCGAAUCCACAAUAGAAUUACUCUUAGAGCACGUAGGCUGCAGAGAGAUAAGAAGAAAAAAAAAUAUGCCUAACGUAUCAGUCAAAAGCAACUCUACUAUAUUUUAAUCGGAGAAGUUAUUUACAAGAAAAAAAUCAUAUCUUUCCUAUUGUUACAAAAUGAAUGGUAGGAAGAUUUAAUACUUAAGUUCCGAUUUUCAAUUACGCACUCGCAGAAAUGAACUAAUCAGGGAGGAAGGACAAGUGACGUCAUAAACUCGAAUGGGGAAUGCGUAUCGAUUGUUGUUAAAAGUUUUAAAGUAGUGUAGUUAUAGUAUAGAAAUUUUUAAAGUAAUCGACCAAUCAUAUUUAAGAAAUAAAACUACGGUAAAAGUAAUAAUUUACAAAGUAAUUAAAAAUGGAAAUUAAGUAAAAGUGACAAGUCAAACGAAAAUCAUGUAGGGAUUAUAAUAAUAAGGAUAUAAAUUUUAAAUUACUAUUUCUGCUCUUAAUGAAUCAGAUCAAUCCUGAAACUGUUUAUAUUCCUCACCAUACAUAUGAUCAAAGCAUGGCAUUAGGUGAACCAGAAGUUGUCAUAUUAGAACAACCUGCACCUAGAACAUUACGAUUUCGUUAUGAAUGUGAAGGUCGUCUAGCAGGAUGUAUAACUGGAAUAAAUAGUACUCCUGAGAAUAAAACUUUUCCAACAAUAAAGAUUAAAAAUUAUAAAGGAGCAGCAGUAGUUAUAGUUUCUUGUGUUACCAAAGAUCCACCCUAUUAUCCUCAUCCACAUAAUCUUGUUGGAAAAGAGGGCUGUAAAAAAGGAAUCUGUAGUUUAGAAAUAAAAAGUGCAGAUAUGGUGCAGAGUUUCACAAGUCUUGGAAUACAGUGUGUUAAGAAAAAAAAUAUAGAAGCAUCUCUAAAUCAAAGAGAACAAUUAAGAGUAGAUCCAUUCCGCACUGGAUUUGAACAUAAACAACAGCCUAACAGCAUUGAUUUAAAUGUUGUUCGUCUUGCUUUUCAAGUAAUUUUGAUGAGUCCAGAUAAAACAAAAAAGUAUCCCUUGAAACCAGUUGUUAGUGAUCCAAUAUAUGACAAAAAGGCACAUUCUGAUCUCUCUAUUCACAAAUUAAGUCAUUAUUCUGCCCCUGUAUCUGGUGGAACUGAAGUAAUUCUUCUUUGUGAAAAAGUAAAUAAAGAUGUACAAAUAAGAUUUUUUGAAAAAAAAGAUGGGCAAGAAAUAUGGUCAGCCAAUGCUGAAUUUCAGCCUAGUGAUAUACAUAAACAGGUUGCCAUUAGUUUUAUUACACCAAGCUACUUUGAUUUAAAUGUUUCUCAUGAAGUCAAUGUUUGGAUUCAGCUCAUUCGGCCAUCUGAUAACUCAGCUGGAAAACCUCGAAAAUUUCAAUUACUGCCAUUAGAUGGAGAUCCAGAACAUCUUGCUCGUAAACGAGUCAAAUUUGAACAAGGUUGUUUUGAUAAUUACAUACGAGAAAUGACCUCACAAGGUGCUACUGGAGGACAAGGUAGAGGUUUUCCAGUACCAAGACAGAUUCAUCGAGGAUAUCGAUUCAAUAGGGUGAAACCCGAAAUUCCUCGAUUUCCCAUGAAUCCACUAACAGCUACUGCUUCUAGUUCUGCUGCAGAAUCUACACCAUAUAUUGGAGAUGCCUCAAAUAUUUUACCAUUUAAAAAACUUAAUGAGCCAUCGUCAUCUGUGCAUCCUGCUGAAAAUUCUCUUCCCAUAUCAACAACUCUUCCAUAUUCAGAUUAUCAAAGGUUGUAUACCAGCCCAAGCCCCGGAAAGCAAGCAUUGGAAACAAUUACACCUGUUUCCACAGCUAUUUCAUAUACUGGUGGUGCAUUACUUCAUUCAUUUUAUCAGCCUAAUAAUAAUAUUAAUCCAGAAUUUUCUUCAACAUUAUCUAUGGGAGGAAUUCUAUCCUCUGUCAAUAUUACACCACCACCGCCGCCAUCACUGUCUGACAACAGUAGAUCUCCACCACCAUUAGGAGGAGCAGUCAAAGAUAAUCCAAAUGUAGCAGAAUCUCUUCCUGGAUCUAUAAAUGUUUUAGAAGAUGAUUUACCAAAUUCAGGAUUGCAAAUGUCUGUCGAUGAUGCAACUGUUAAAUUUGAUAGUCUGACCAUUGAUUUUUCAUUACAAACUGAUACAAGCUUAUCAGGUACUAAUUGGUUCGAUUUAAAUCCUUCAAUAUUUGAUAGCGGCCAAAAUUUACCUUCAGGCAAUGGACAAACAGAUGAAAAUCUUCAUGAAGUAAAAAAGAUAGAAAGGGAUUUAGAAGAAUUGAGUCAGUUAUGUGAAAAUACAGUUCGUCAAUCUUCUGAAGAUACUUGAAACAAUAAAAAAUAACUAGUCUUAAUUUUACAUAAGUACUGAGAGAACUCAUUUGAGAAAUAUUUGUUAAAUGUUGAAUAUUACAUAUUUUAUCAUCAUCAAUGUUAAGUUGUUUAUAUUUCUUGAUAUAAAUCAUUUUUGCACACAAUAACAUUAUUUUUUUGCCAUUUUACAAUAUAACCUCAUUGAUCAAAUCAAUCUAGCAUGUAUCAUUAGAUUAAAAUAUGAAAGCUUCCGAGGCUAAACUAUGAUUUUAAAAUAGUAAAAUAUUAUAUAAGUAUUUACAUUUUAAAGAUUAAAAAUUAAAACAAUCUUGGUCUUAAUUUUUGUCAGAAUUUAUUAAUUUGAAAUUAAAUAAUUAGUCAUAUAUUAUCAAUUAGAUUCAUAUUAAUUUCCAGCAAGUAUUGUAUUAAUACAUCUUCACUUAAUACUAUUUUUUGGAUACUGAACAUGUAAAUUAUAAAAAAUUAAUCACCAUAAUUAUUCAAAAUUUAAUUAAUUUAAUCUAAAGCAUUUAAGGUUCUACUAUGUAGUUUCAAUCAUCACCAUAAGUUUCUUUUAUUAUGGUUCAUUAAGAUCUAACAAGUAUUUUUUUUUAUUUUAUUUCUGUUAAAUUCUUCUAAAAGAUAAUUGUUUAAAAAC